GUUUCUUGAUUUGGGAUGGUGUAGUUUUCAGUGGUGGUAGUUUUGCGCACGUGCAUUUUGCACUACAGACUAUAUAAAUUCCCCCCGACCCAAAGGCCACUGACUGACCGACCUUUUGUGUAGUUACGUUAUCCCAUACAUUGCAGGAAGACAUUCAUAGUCAUAGUCAUAACGGUUGCGCCCCUUGAUUGAUUGCCUUGGCUGCAAUGGCUGGCGCGAAAGAGGUUUUAUCCCUUGUGAUCCUGAUUUCUGCCUUGAUGGACGUUGCAUUCGUUCGGUUGGGAUUCCAUAUCAGGAGAUUGUGCUGGUAUAUACUGUAACACCUCAUAACUUUGGAGGGCCUGUCCCUUCCACCUUGUGCAGGAGCCAAAGAGGAUUUUGCUUAAGGAGUUUGUCCGAGGCACCGUAUGGUAACAAGAGUAUGUCGAGAAAAAACUUUAUGACGCAGCCUGCGGUCAUUUCCAGCAAUUUGGUUGACGGUUGUCCUGUUGGGUUAGGUAAUUUUAGUUUUUGAUGGCUCUAUAUAUACCUUAGCAUGCAUUUGAUGAGGUUUCAGCUAGGGUACGCGAACAAGAUGCCAGGGUGGUGCUCUGGAGAUGCUCGGGCUAAAGGGCCAAAGCAGCCCAGAGCUGCGGGAGCUUCAGCAGGCUUUCCGCCGACAGGCGCUAGAGAUGCAUCCAGACCGUGGUGGCAGCGCGGAGGCUUUCCGCCAGCUGCUGGAAGCAUACACCUUUCUUCGCCGAUCCUUGAGACGAGGAUUGCAAGAAAGAGGGAAACGUUUGAAAGAGGGACGUGAGAAGUGGAAGAAGUGGGAGGAGGAGGUGGAAGGAGGGCAAGAGCUUGCACAGGAAGGCGACAUAGUGUAUUGGCGGAAUGCGCAGGGUGAGCCUUGGCAAGUUGUCCUCUCACCCUUCCCCAAGAUGAGCACCAUGCAACUGUCCUCCUUUGAGGUGCUCUCGUUCUGGCUGUGCAGGUUGUCUACGAGCCGUCCAGUGGUCCCCACGGUUGGAUUUACUUGCAAUCUCUGAUCCAGACUUCGGACGGAACCUUUGAUGCGGAUGAAGAGGCAGAGAUGGAGCAGGUGGAGCCCGUGAGCUUGGACGGAGUGAAUUGGGCGUUUGCAUCCUCAGAGGAGGUCGGAGAGCACGCUUGGAGGGUCAGUCCUCCUGAAUACUUGCCGCCUUAGCGUGAAAAAAA